AUGUCGACUCAGACGGGCAAGUUCCGCGAGGACCAGGUCCUCAUCAUCUGUCCCGGCAGCAAGACCACCAUGGCCCAGCUGGGAUGCGGCGAGCUUACCCCGCCCGUCCACCGUAUCCCGACACGCAUGUUCAAGGACGCCGAGACGGACGAGUGGCGGCCCUUCCACACCUUCAAGCGCAAGAAGGCCAAUGCUAAUGUCGCGCUUGCUAUCGAAGGUCCGCGGACCGACGAUGAUGAGUACGAAUGGGUUGAGGAUACCGACUCGGAUGAAGGCGCUGUCUACCCUAUGCAAGGCGGUCGCAUCAUUAACAUGGAGGCGUUCCUGGCGUUCCUCGAUCAUGUUCACAGCAUGCUCACCACCACCUACCACAAUACCCCAAUUAUGCUCAUGGCCUCGCCUCAAUGGUGCCGCCCCGAUACCGAGACGAUCGCACGCUACAUCUUCGAAAAGACUCGCACUCCUUCCCUUUGCAUGAUCCACAGCGGCAUCGCUACCCAAUACGGCCUCAAGUGGCCCAGUCUCACCGUGGUGGACAUUGGUUACGAGAAGGUCGACGUCACAUGUAUACACGACGGCCGCGUGGUCAACCAUGGAGAGCUCGGUUCCCCGACCCCGGAGCGCUUUAUCUCGGGCGGAGACAUGUUCACGCGCAAGCUCCUUGAGAAGCUCAAAGACAAGGACUUUAAGUACGACAUGGCGGAGCAGCUGAAGAAGAGCCACAUCUGCGAGGUUCUGCCAUAUGCGCCAAACAGCUCUAUCCUCAUGGACCUUCCGACAGCUCAGACGGCAGGGGCUCCUCCCAGCGCACCCAUUACCGAGGCGGCUCCUUCCGCCGCGCCGACUGCGCAACCGGUCGUUCCUGCCGCCGAGGAGGACAUUGAGGAGAAGGCGGCUGAGGAGGGUGUUCUCGAUGUGGCGUCCAUUGUCACGAGCGGAAAUGCCCGCGAGUUCCUCGCCAAGAAGGAGAAGGAGAAGCAAAAGGGUGGCAGGAAGGCUAAGGCUACCCAGGAAGCCGAGGCUGCGAAGCCGGUUCGUCUGCCCAACUCCAAGAGAACUCACAACACCUUCCACUUCGAAGAGGUCGUCAUGGAGGAGGUUCAGCCGCCCAAGCCAGAGACCAAGGAGGAGCCCAAGAAGGAAGAGGCAGGAAAUGCGACUGAAUCCAAGGACGUUGAGAUGACGGAUGGCACCAAGCCCGCCGACGCCACAGCUCCCACGACCACCGAGGGCGACGUCAAGCCCGCAGAGUCUUCGGCUCCUGCAGCGCCGACAGAUGCUGCAGUUCCAGCUACUGCCCCAGUCACUGCCCCCGAGACGAAUGGUACAGACGGCCAUUCCGCCACGAUCCCUGCAGAGGCUACCACCAACGGUGCCCCUCAGAUGCAGGCCAAGCGCAUCCGCCGCGACAUUGAGGUCGGCCUCGAGCGCUUCACCUUUGCUGACCGUGGCGAGAUCGAUCGCAUCGUGACCACAAUCUACCGCACUGUUCAAGGCAUCGACGAUAUGUACAUGCGUCCUCCGUGCUGGGACAACCUCGUCUUCGUCGGCAAUGGCGCACGUCUCCGCGGUCUAAAGGACAACAUUGUCCAGACACUGCUGGCCCGCCACCUCAUCUCCCCCAGCACGGCUACCAUGUUCACCUCGGAGCUGCCGUCCAACAUCGCAACCCCCACUGGCACGGGCGCGCAGACUCCUACGGGCUCUUUUACGGGUGCCCCGCACCAGCUUCCCGCCAAUGUCGCCGCCGGCUCCUCGGGCGUUAACCCCCUGCUUCAGGCCGCUACCACAGCUUCCGCUCAGAACCAGGGCACUCCGGGUCCUAGUGGCGACGCGGGUCCCAACGGCACUCACUCCGUUGCGGGCCAUCACUUCCACAGCCAGACGCCCACUAGUAUCAAGCUGGCGACGCUGCCCACCUACCUCAGCGAGUGGAACAAGAACGGCUUCGAGGAGGCCAUGUUCCUUGGAGCGCAGGUCGCCGCGCGCAUCGCCUUCUGCCAGCACAACCUCGAUAUGGCCGGUCUCGAGGCUCAGCGUCAAGCUAGCCUGAGCAGAGUCGACUACAAUGAGCUUGGCCCCAAGGGUAUCCGCACCCACUCCAUGCUCAAGUAG